AUGUCGCAGAAAGAUGCCGAUGCUGUUGCCAUGGUCCAGACGGGGGUCGUCGACAUGUCGGCUGACCGGCUGAAGACCAUCCUUUCCCUGAAGCAGGUCUGCUCCCGCCAAGAAGAAGAGCUCUUCCAAAAGUUUGCCCCGUGCUUACAUGCUGAUUUCUCACAUCCUCGCGAGAUUUCUCACUGUAUGGAAAAGUUGACUCCCAGGUUCUGUGGUGCGAAGGAAACGGCUUCCAAGCCGGAAGCGAAGCAGGAGGAUGGCAAGGCGGCGGAGCCAUCCGUCCGCCACGACUCGAAGGGCCCGGCGAGCCCUGCCAAAAAAGGGCGAACAGCCCAGGUCAAGUUGCAGGAGCGAGAGAAGAAGGCUGGGAAGCCUGACAAGGCGCAGACGACAAAGCACUACAUGUUUUGCUCACUGCUCUCGAAGCCGAACAUGCAGCAAGCCGUGAAUUGCUCACUGCUCUCGAAGCCGAACAUGCAGCAAGCCGUGAAUCACAUGCUGAAGCUGAUGAAUCCCAGUGUGACGUACACGUCUUUCGAGAUCGUGUAUGCCCCGCAACGGGGCGCGGCCGGGAUGCAAGCUGGCAUUCCCUCGGCUUCACGGCCCAUGUACGUGGUGGCUCCAAUGCCCGCCGCCGAAGGCCAGGAAAUGCUUCAUUCGCCUAGAACAGUGCCAUCUGAUGCUCAGCUGUACAUGUUUCAUGUGGCAGGAGCCGCAGGGCCGCAGCUAUGGACCUACCUCUCCUCCUGCAAGGACUCUGCUGUGAACACUCUGAAUGCUGGCAAAAUGGUGACGGUCGACAGCCGGCUGCCGUGGACAUGGGUGGCGGCCAAUUCCCCUCGGCUUUGCAUCAUCUUACGCCAUGCCGGUGCAGGUGCUUUCAAGAUGGGGGAGGUGCAGAGGGCCCUCGCUGGUGCCGGCUUCCCGAAGGCCGGUCCAGAUGUGAGGAUGAUGACGCUUCCAGAGGCAAUGGCAUCCGGCCCCAGGCUCAUGAAACUCGGUGGCAUUAACUAG